GGUGCCAACAGCUGUGCUGAAACAGAUAAUAUGUGUACACACUUUGUCUGCGAUAAGAAGCUUUUUAUUCAUUUUUAGAUUUUUAUUAAAAAUUCGCGAAGAAAUUGCAAUUAGAUUUAGUAAUUACGCGAUCUGCCACCAAACUGCAUGUAACAUCUACGGCAGUAUACAACCAACGCCCAUUAGCAUUACAAUGAGCUACGAAGAUGAUGACUAUCCUGUGGAUACAUUCCCGAAGGAGUAUGAAUAUACUGCCUAUGAUCAGGAUGGAUUGGACGUAAAUGCAUUGCCAAGCAACAGUGAGACAAAGCCCCGAAUAUUGCUCAUGGGUCUGCGUCGUUCGGGAAAGAGUUCCAUACAAAAAGUAGUCUUCCACAAGAUGUCACCAAACGAAACCCUGUUCCUCGAAUCUACAAGCAAAAUCGUUAAGGACGACAUAAACAAUUCCAGUUUUGUGCAGUUCCAAAUUUGGGACUUCCCUGGUCAGAUAGACUUCAUAGAGCCUACGUUUGAUUCAGAUAUGAUCUUUGGUGGCUGUGGUGCACUUGUUUUUGUCAUAGAUGCCAAGGACGACUACAACGAGGCUUUGACAAAGUUCAAGAACACGGUAAUAAAGGCAUACAAAGUUAAUCCGAACAUUAAGUUCGAAGUUUUCAUACAUAAGGUUGACGGCAUAAGCGAUGAUUCGAAAAUGGAAUCCCAACGUGAUAUACAUCAACGUACAUCUGAUGACCUCAGUGAAGCCGGACUUAAUAAAAUUCAUCUAAGUUUUCACCUUACCUCCAUUUACGAUCACUCGAUAUUUGAAGCGUUUUCAAAAGUUGUGCAAAAAUUAAUUUCCCAGCUGCCAACGCUCGAAAAUCUGUUAAACAUUUUUAUACCGAAUUCUGGUAUAGAGAAAGCUUUUCUCUUCGACGUUGUUUCAAAAAUUUAUAUUGCAACCGAUUCAUCUCCAGUCGAUAUGCAAGCCUAUGAGCUGUGCUGUGAUAUGAUUGAUAUGGUCAUCGAUUUGUCAAGCAUAUAUAGUUCCGAGGAAACCGCCUUCGACAGCGGCAGUUCUAGUCUUAUUAAACUGAACAACAACACGAUUCUCUAUUUGAGAGAAGUGAACAAAUUUCUGGCUCUCGUCUGCAUUUUGCGCGAGGAAAACUUUAAUCGCCAGGGCGUUAUUGAUUAUAAUUUUAUUUGCUUCCGCGAUGCCAUCAGUCAGGUGUUCGAACUACGUAUGAAGAGUCAGAAACUAGCCCCCUUACAGGAGCACAAUGAACAGGACGACCAUGAUUUAGAAGAUAAUUUGGUAAUGGCAAUGGGACGCACACAUCUGGAGGACGAUAACUCUAUGAUGUCGAGGACACAAAAAUUAACAUGAGCCUCAUGCAACCUUUGCUCAAUUGUUCUGGUAAUACUUUCUACUUGCAUAAAGUCCAAAAAAUAUCCUUUAAAUUUUUGUUUUCCGAAAUACCAUGUUACUCGUUGUGUAUAUUAUUCAACUGUUUUAUUUUACUUCCAUAAAAAAAUAAUAUUUCGGUCCUGAUUCUAUUGUUUCUAUACCUUUUAAUACCCAAAUACAAA